UGGUGCCCACUCAGGAGGUGAGGGCAAGUUAGUAUACAGUGUGACACAGUUGGUGCUUCAGGCUCCCAGGUCAGCCUUCAUCGCCUCCACCAGACGCUGUCCUGGCUCGCCACGCUAGUCUACUCGUCUGUUGACCUUAGCAAGAGUAACCUCCUCUCCAUGCCGCACUCCGUCUCAAACUCCAGCCAGGUUAACGGGUUCCCUCGCGACCAACACACUGGUGACCUUGGUAAUGGAGUUACUCAUGGCAUUCUGGAUAAGGUCAGCCAUGGUGCUGACAACAGGAAUGAACACCACAACACAGUCAGCCAUGGUGCUGACAACAGGAAUGAACACCACAACAUAGUCAGCCAUGGUGCUGACAACAAGAACGAACACCACAACAUAGUCAGCCAUGGUGCUGACAACAGGAAUGAACACCACCACAUAGUUAGCCAUGGUGCUGACAACAGGAAUGAACACCACCACAUAGUCAGCCCCAACAUAUCUCCAGGGACGGGUCGACCCAGGCUCUCAUGCAUUGAUUUACCAUUCACAUUCCCGGAACUUCGCCUCGCCGUCAUUGAUGAGGUGAGCGAAGGGGCUGGUACUAACGCAGCAGGACCCCCACCAAGCCUAGUGUGCCCUCAGGACAAGAUGACUGUUGCUCUCCUCACACGCACACCGCCACGUUUUGACGCAAACUACUGGACGAAGGAAGCAAAUGUACGCACCAACAGCCUCUGGGCCUUUUGGCCGUACCUCACUUUCAACAUGGAUAAUCAAGGCUUUACUUAUCCGAGAGUAGAGGAGACACGCGAGGAUAAGGAUGGUGAGGAGAGCACGGAGAGAGAGAAGAGUGAAGAUGAACAGAUGGAGAACAUGAGCAAGGUGUUGGCGGACGCCUCCAGGCGGAGGCGUGGCAUGCCAGGCCGGGAAAGCUUGGUGCGGCAACACCUCGUCCACGUGGAGAACCGCCUCUUCGAGAUGUUCGGCGACAAGGACAAGAACACUAUUAAUAUUAGCAAGUUCCUCAUGGGGCUGACAGCGACAGGGAUGCGCCACACUGAUCCCCGCCUGAAGGAGAUGCGGGAAAACCUGAAGAAGUUCCAGCAGCGGAUUGCUGAGUCGGACCUCCAGGCGCUCAACGUCAGCUAUGACACCUUCAUGAGUAUCAUCUCUGAUAACCUGGAGGUGGUAGUGAAGGCGCUCUCCUCGUCCUUCGUCAUCCCAGACUUUCGCGGCUUCUGCCACCACAUCGAAGACAUCUACGCCACCUGCCUCGCCAACACUAAUGGCACAGUGGCACAGUACAUACCUCAGCUGGUGCGCUCCAACCCCAACCACUGGGCGGUCUCCAUCUGUACAGUGGACGGCCAGAGGUACUCUACUGGCGACACCAACGUCCCCUUCACCCUUCAGUCCUGCAGCUAUGCACUGUCCUACGCGAUGGCACUGGGGGAACAGACUGACGUCGGAGUCCACUUCUACGUUGGUAUGGAACCAUCUGGAUGCUACUACAACGAGCUAUGUCUUGACCUCAACAACAAGCCUCACAACCCCAUGAUCAACGCUGGGGCCAUCAUGACGGCCGCGCUCCUCAAGCCUGAUCUCUCAGCAGCGGACCGUUUCGACUACGUGUUUAACAUGUACAAGCGGCUGGCGGGGGAUGAGUACCUGGGCUUCAACAACGCCGUCUUCCUCUCGGAGAAGGAGUGCGCUGACCGCAACUUCGCCCUGGCCUACUUCAUGAGGGAGAACAAGUGCUUCCCCGAGGGAACCCGCCUGCACGAGACGCUCGACUUCUAUUUCCAGUUGUGUUCGCUGGAGAUCACGGCAGAGUCCGGGGCGGUGAUGGCGGCCACCCUGGCCAACGGGGGCAUCAACCCCCUCACGGGAGACCCGGUCCUCACUGUGGACGCCGUCAGGAACACGCUCACCCUCAUGCACUCCUGUGGCAUGUACAACUACUCCGGACAAUUUGCUUUUAAGGUCGGGCUGCCAUCCAAGUCCGGCGUCUCUGGCUGCGUGCUCCUGGUGGUGCCCAACACAAUGGGCAUCUGCCUCUGGUCUCCACCCCUCGACACCAAUGGAAAUUCCUGUCGUGCCGUCCAGUUUUGUAUGGAGCUGGUAUCUCGUUUCAAUUUCCACAACUUUGACAACCUUCGCGGGCACUUCACCUCCAAGUGUGACCCGCGCAUGGCCAAGGCAGAGUCCAAAGCUCAGAUCCUCUUUGACCUGCUGUUUUCUGCUGCCGCUGGAGAUCUCUCGGCUCUCAGACGACACUCGCUCUCAGGAACCGACAUGCAGACGAAGGACUACGACGGCAGGACAGCGCUGCACGUAGCUACAUCAGAGGGCCACCUGGAGAUUGUUAAGUAUCUCCUGCAUAACUGUCAAGUCUACCCUCUGCCUAAGGAUCGAUGGGGGAGAACACCCUUAGAUGAUGCCAGCAGCUUUGGACAUCCUGACUGCGGCGACAUGAUUACUGAGAGCUGCAGGAAGAGAGGGGUGGAGAUUCCUCCACUACUCACUGAUAAAGAAUUCAAUGCAGACUGAGCAUCAUUCCAUUGUCCUGAGGCAAGGGUUUACGAAAUAGUAGGACGAGAAUAAUUUAAACUAAGACAAUGUCAUUUCUAAUUGUCUUCAGUGACUGUGAGUCACCUAUGUUGUUGUUGAAUUAGAGCUAUGUAAUUUUAGAAGAUAUAUAGCAUUUAGUAAGAUAUUCUUUUACACUUAUUUUCCAUGGAGAGGUGGAAGGGUCGUUUGAGGUGAAGGUGGGACAAGGUGGUGGGUUGGCAAGAGUGGGGGAGAGAGGGCGGGUAGUUUAUGGUGGGUGGGUUGAUUAGUAUAUAUAAUAGGGUAAGAGGAAGGUUGUGAGACAGGAAUGGUGGAAAGUGAUCGGUGUGUUGGUAUGGGUGAGUGUGUGUUGGUAAGGGUGAGUGAGUGUGUGUUGGUAAGGGUAGGUGAGAGUGUGUUGGUAAGGGUGAGUGAGUGUGUGUUGGUAAGGGUGAGUGAGAGGGUGUUGGUAAGGGUGGGUGAGAGUGUGUUGGUAAGGGUGGGUGAGAGUGUGUUGGUAAGGGUGGGUGAGAGUGUGUUGGUAAGGGUGAGUGAGAGGGUGUUGGUAAGGGUGGGUGAGAGU